AUGGAGAGGCAGCGGAAGCGAGAGCUCCGCGAGCUGAAUACCAGGGCCUGGGCCGGAGAUCAAGAUGUCUUCCCCGUCCAAGGAUCCCUCGAUUCGUCCAUGAAGAAGAACACCGCGUUCAUCAAGCGCCUCCGGACCGCCAUCACCGCGUCCUCGCAGUCGCAGUUCGUGCAGGAGAUCCGCACCCUCUCGCUCCACAAGUACCUCUCCGAGAUCAUCUCCGCCUGCUACGAGGGGCUCUGCAAGCUCAAGUCGCCCGGCGAGAUCGCCGCGGGCGUCGAGGUCGUCAGCGCGCUGCACCAGCGGUUCGGGCCCGAGGAGUUCACGGGGUACAUUGCGUGGUACAUUGGGCGCGGGCUGAGCACGCCGGAUCGCUCGCAGUUGAAGACGCUGACGCAGGAGGUGCGGGAGCGGGAGGAGAAGGAACGGUUGGCGAGGCAGAGGGUGCUGCUGAGGGUUAUGACGGAGUUGUGGCUUGUGUCGGUGCUGAGGACGCUGGACGACGUCGCGAGGCCUGAGGAGGCGGGCAAGGGCAAGGAGAAUGUGAAGUUGGUGGAGAGCUCCUCUGGGAAGGCGAAGCCGGCUGCUGCUGCGAGUGGGCGCACGGAUAAUGGCGAUGCGGAGCCGUUUCCGCUCGAGGUCUUGAAGGAUAUGCUGGGUCAUGAUCGUGAGCAUGCGAAUUUGCCGCUGGUUGUUAUCUUCGUGAAGGCGUUUGCCUGGGAUAUACUCGGCGCGAGGACUUCGUCGGCGGAGGGCCGCAAGACGGUGAAUGAAGAUGGGAGCACGACUGCGGAGAAGAACGAUGAGACUUCUGCGAACGAGGAGGAUGAAGCUGCCACGCUCGAUCCGCCGAUCAUUUCUCCGGAGCUACAGCAGCGGUUCAGGAAUAUUCUGACUAGAUACUUUGAAGACGUGAAAGCACACUUGGUGCGCGACCAGAAGCAUCUGACGAACCAGGGCCGAAAGAAUGCGGAGGCUUACGUCAAAUCUGGGGAGGUGUUCGAGGACCGCCAGGCCAACUACGAGAAGCAGAUCAAGGCCCAGGACAAACUUUCCGCGAACGCCCAGGUUUUGGCCGAUGCUUUGGGUGCGGAAAUGCCGGAUCUCAAAGAGAAGGAUAGCUCAGCUUCGGCCGGUGAUGGUUCCAUUGGACUUAUCAAGGCUGGCGAUUAUCUGCGGGGACAGGGUGAUGGACCCGGUAUCUGGGAAGACGAGGAGGAGCGUAGAUUCUACGAGAACUUGAUUGAUCUGAAAGACCGAGUGCCUGGAAUCUUGCUAGAGGAGCCCAAGAAGAAGAAACCGGAUACCGACGAACAGGUCGGCAAGAAACAAGAGCCCAUGGAAGGAAAAGAAAAAGUCGAUGUUGCCGCUGAAGCCAAAGCUGUUGAGGCUGAGGAACAAUCUACGGCCAUCGCAAACAAGUCCGUCGGUGCCCAGGUCGACGCAAUACUUGCAAGACUCCCCGAAUUGAAUUCGAAGGAUACAGUCGAUCAGGCCGCGAUGGAUUUCUGCUUCUUAAACUCCAAGGCUUCUCGUAAUCGACUCAUCAAGGCUGUUCAGGAGAUUCCAAAAGGACGUUCGGACCUACUGCCCCUCUACUCUAGGCUCAUCGCAACACUUAGCAAGUAUAUGCCAGAUGUCGCCCAGGGUCUUGUCUCUUACCUCGACGAGGAGUUCCGCAGCCUUCAGCGUCGCAAAUCGAAAGAUUUCCUAGGACAGGUUCGGACUCAGAAUGUUCGUUAUCUUGCGGAACUGACCAAGUUCGGGGUCGUCCCUGAGCAUGUCAUUUUCCAUUGCUUGAAGGUCAGCCUGGACGAUUUCUCUCGGAUGAAUAUUGAGAUCAUUUGCAACUUGUUGGAGAACUGUGGUCGCUACUUGCUUCGCAAUCCGGAGACAUCCCCUCGUAUGAUCUCGUUCCUCGAGACUCUCCAAAGGAAGAAGACCGCUCAAGUUCUAGGCCAGCAGGAACGAAUGCUGAUUGAGAACGCGAUGUACUACGUAAACCCACCCGAGCGUGCAGCCAUCGAGCAGAAGGAGAGGACUCCGGUUGAGCUUUUCAUGCGCAAGCUCAUGUACUCAGACCUGACGCGACGCACCCUCGACAAGACCGUCAAACAAAUUCGCAAGAUGCACUGGGAGGAGGCAGAGAUCUUCAAUCUCCUGCACAAGAUCUUUUCCAAGCCGGGCAAGAUUAAGUACAGCAACAUUCAUCACCUCGCGGUUAUCCUCGGGAGCAUUGACAAGUAUCAUCGGGACUUCACCGUGUCGGUGAUUGAUGACGUCCUUGAGUCGAUUACUUUCGGUCUGGAGCUGAAUGAUUUCAAGUUCAAUCAGCGCCGCAUUGCAGAGGUCAAGUAUCUUGGCGAGCUGUACAUCUACCGAAUGGUCGACUCUCCCUUGAUCUUUGACACGCUCUACAAGUUGCUCAACUACGGCUACCAAGGCGGCUAUGCUCGUCUCGACAUAUUGAAUCCUCUCGAUCUUCCAGAUGACUACUUCCGCAUCCGCCUAGUCUGCAAUCUCUUGGAGACGUGUGGCAUGUACUACGACAAGGGCGCCGCAAAGAAGAAGCUCGAUUUCUUCUUGACCUACUUCCAGUACUACAUUUGCACAAAGGAGGCACUUCCAAUGGACGUGGAGUUCAUCAUUCAAGACGCAUUUGCAUUGACCCGGCCCCAAUGGAAGCUCAUCACGAACCUAGAGGAAGCAUCACACAUCUUCGCCGAGGCGGUCAAACAGAACUAUCAGCCUUCGGCCGCAGACCGUCCAGUCGAGCAGGAUGACGAUGAUGUUUCUGCGUCUGAUGAUGACGUCGACGGUCCAGACGACGAUGAUGUGGCAGCUGAUGAGGAUGAGGAUAAGUCUUCUGCUGAAGAAGACGAGAACUCCGGAGACGACGAACCGGUCCAGCGAGUUUCCGACGAUGAAGAAGAACAAAUCAUCGUCACUCGUCAAGAAGACGAGCGCGACCCCGAAGCCGACGCAGAGUUCGAUCGCGAGCUCGCCAAGCUCAUGUCGGAGAGCGUGGAGUCGCGCAAGUUCGAACGCAAGCCCGUGUUCGACGUGCCGCUUCCCAUGCGUCGCGCGCCUCGCGAGGCCGCCGUGAACGCCGAGGACAGCGGCAGCGAAGCGCCUCCCCCUCCCCCACCCGCUCCCACCAACACGAUGAAAUUCUCGCUCCUCAGCAAGCGCGGCAACAAGACGCAGACGCGCUCCAUCGACCUGCCAUCCGACUCCACCUUCGCCGUCGCCAUGCGCAGCAAGCAGCAAGCCGAGAAGGAAGAGCAACAACGCAUCAAGAACCUCGUCCUCAACUACGAUCUUCGCGAUGACAACGACGCAGAUGGUGAAUCACCUUUUCUUUACACCCUCCAACCCAACUACAACAAAGUUCAACCCCGUACUAAAUCAUCUCAAGGUCUGGAGAAGACGCACAACGUCUACGCGCAACCCCGCGUCGACAAGGCGGGGAAUAAUCGCACGAACCAGCGCGCGAGGAAGUUGCAGCUCAGCGAUGUCAAUUGGUAUGAUAACGUUCCUGUCAAGUCUCGUUCUUAG